AGUUCAGGAAUCGGACGUCACUACAGCAGACGGUUAUUGUUGCCGUGGGAAACGCCAGUUUUCAGAAAGUGUGAGCGCAGGAGAACAGCAGUCACUCCCCUCUACUGUGGAAUGGAGAACUUGGAGGAGGACCUCACUUGCUCCGUUUGUUAUUCCCUCUUCAACGAUCCAAGAGUGCUUCCCUGCUCCCACACCUUCUGCAAAGGCUGUCUGGAGAAUGUUCUCCAGGUUUCUUCCAACUUCUCCAUUUGGCGCCCACUUCGCCUCCCACUGAAAUGCCCCAACUGCCGCAGUGUGGUGGAGCUGCCGCCCAACGGCGUGGACGCCCUUCCGAUCAACGUCUGCCUGCGUGCCAUUAUAGAGAAGUACCAGCGUGAUGGUCAGCCCCGUGUUCCGGCUUGCCUCGAACAUCCUCGCCAACCUCUGAAUGUCUACUGCGUUCAGGACUGCAAGCUCAUAUGUGGCUUCUGCCUGACCAUUGGCCAGCAUCAGGGUCACACCAUUGAUGACCUCCAGACAGCGUACAUCAAAGAGCGUGACACCCCAGCCAAGCUUGUCGAGUGUCUGACCGACAGGCGAUGGGAAGAGGUCUGCACCCUGGUUGAACGUCUGGAGCAAGAAAAAGCUCGAUAUGAGGGCCUAGUCCAUCAAGACCGUGAGUCUGUCGUGCAGUUCUUCCAGGGCCUGGAGCGCCUUCUUGCUCACAAGAAAGAGCUGUUCAUGAAAGCUCUGGAUGGGGUGAAUGUGCGGCUAGCCUGCACCUAUGACCCCCUCAUUGAGAAACUGAAGGAGAUGAAGGAGGAACAGCUUGACUUGAUCUCUGUGAGCUCAUGUGUUGGAGAAGAGGAGUCCCCACUUGGUUUUCUGGAGAAAGUGCACCAUUUGAGGGAGAGGGUGAACACCUUGACGCAGACAGCGCUGCCCGAGGUCCCUUUACUUCACAUUUCACCCCGAGCAGGGGACUUCCUUGGGGAACACUGGGCUAACGUGACCAUCGGAAGGCUGGAAGAUGGCCCAAUCCCAAAAAUCUCCUGCGGCAUAAAAGGGUGCUCCACAAAAGGGGCACCACUGUCCACAUCGGGAAAAGCAUGGUUCUGGUUUCAGUCUUCGACCGCUGCCGUCUUUCUACUCAUGCUGCUAUUGCUACUUCUGCUUUUGUGGUUCAACCCUGUGGGUGGAGCAUCCCUUGGCUUCUCCAUUCUAUCACAGAUUAGUCAGACGGUCAAAAGUCUAGUAGCCGAACUGACCUUUCCACUGCGUGGAUCAGGAACAUUCCUCUACUGCAUGCUUCGAGACCUAGGCCUUAAAUUCAGCUCGUAUAUUUCUGCUCUGGGAGAGAGCACCUACCAACACAUGGCCUUCUUUUUCAAAACAAUUCAGUUGUGUUAACCACAUAAAAAUCUGUGGUACUCUUAAAUAUAGCUUGGUUUACAUGAUUCAAAGUGCUGUACAACACUGACCUUGGACACAAUGAGCGACAACUGGUUUAGCACAUGUUCAGUCAAGCAAGCUGAACAGAAGCUUGCUAGUUUAAUCUCAGGAGUGGACAAGCCACAAUGUAGUAGCUCCUAUUCCGGUACAGCUCUAACUCGAGUGAACUUAAGUAUGCAGUCAAGAUGAAAUAAGCCACAUUAGCUCUGAUCUCUUACCUUAACUUACCAACUAAUGUUUUAUACCUUACCACUGAUGUUUUAUUCUACUUUUUAUUUCCUAACUUUUGCUACUGAACUUUAAUACUGGAUUUCUGACUCUGGAUUGUCAAGAUUUUGGUGAAUGAAUAAUAACUUCUUUCCUUGGUC